AUGGCCCGUAACCACCCUGCCGUUGCGAUGCUGCUGAUGACACUUGGCGCGAUGUUGCUAGCAGCACAGCCGUCCGGUGCGAUCCGAGCGUGGCUCGACGGCGAAGGGUUCCAGCCCCUUGAAGCGCCCGCUAGUGGCGGCAGUGGCGGCAAUGGCGGAAGCGGGUCUGUCUACAUCGUGCGCCUGAGUUCCGCGCCACCGCUCGUCGAAUACCGCGGCGGAAUCGCCGGCUACCCCGCCACUGCCACGUGGGACGACGACCGCAGCGAGAAUGACGGGGGCGACGACGAAUCCGUACCGAAUAUGGACCUUUCAGCCACCGACGUCGUCGCAGGAGCAGAUACAGCGCCUUCGAGGGCGGCGAAGCAUGAAGCCGUGGAAUUGGAAGACUCUACGACUCCUAGCACUGCUGACGGCGCUGCUGACACGGCCGCAGUGGAUGCCUGGAGCUCCGCCUUCUCGGGGCCCAACGUAACUGCGUUUUCGCCCGCGGUGUCAGGUGACGUUGGCAACGACGGGCGCGCGCGGCGCCGAAUGCGGCUGAGCAUGGACCGGCCGCAGGUGGCGGCUUUCGCGACGCUGCUGCAGCGGCAGAAGGCGCAGGUGGCAUCUGAGGCGGGUGUACUCGACGCGGACCUCAUCUACAGCUACAAGCACACCUCCAACGGCUUCGCGGCGCGCCUCACCGCGCGCCAGGUGUGGCGGCUGCAGCGCCAUCCCGACGUCACGUCCGUGACCCCCAGCCGCAUGCUCCGCCCCCAAACCACCGACUCGCCUAAGUUCCUCGGGCUCCCCGGGAAGGUGUGGCCGGCAGUGGGCGCCAUUUCUUCCCCAAUCCGCCCUCCUCUCUUCCCAUCUCCCCGCAGCACCAUCGCAAGGGGGGUGUCCUUAGCUUCGGCCACCAGCAGUCAGUCCCUAAACCCUCUCAACGCCAUCGCUAGCGCCACUGCCAGCAGCAACAGCACGGGCGACAGCAGCGCCACGCUCACUGCCGACGGGGGAAUCACCUUCACUGCUGCCUCUUCAGCCCCCAUGGUCGCUGAAUUUUCUUCUCGUGGGCCCCUCCUACCGCCCUCUGACACAGCCCGCCCCCCCCUGCCAGCUAACGACAUUCUCAAGCCUGAUAUUAUCGGCCCUGGCGUUGAUCUUGUAGCUGCUUUUCCCUCUAAGAAAAUCGGCGAGCCAGGUACAACCGCCCGCCUCACGGCACUGAUGACGACGGCAAGGUUUACUGACACGAGCAACAGCCCAAUUAAGAAUGCCGGCGCGGCUGGCAAAGACGCAACCCCGUGGGACAUGGGGGCAGGACAUGUGUUCCCGCCUGCUAUGCUCGACCCUGGUCUCACAUACGAUGCCCGAGAGAAAGACUACCAGAAUUUUCUGGCCGGGCAGGACCUGAACCGCGCGAAAAAGGAGUUCCCAGGGGCGUCCCUCUCCCCUCUGGCCGUGCGUAAUCUCAACCUGCCCACCAUCACAGUGCCUCGCCUGCAGGGCACUGUUCUAGUCACCCGAACUGUCACCUGCGUGGGCAGCUCUGUGUCUACAUACACUGUAUUCGGGAAGGCGCCACCAGGUGUGCAGUUGCCGGUUGGGCCUGGGAGUUUCACGCUUGCUCCGGGGCAAAAGGCGACUUACAUGGUCAAAUUGAUGGUGGAUACACCCAGCAAUGACUUCAAGUAUGGGUAUAUAGCGUGGAAGGACGACAAGGGGCACACCGUGCGCUCUCCUCUCGUGGUGCGGCCGAUUUCACGCUAA